AUGCUGCAAAUCUAAAAAUUAGUUCUAAUUGGUUCUGUACUUACUUUAACUGCCGUAAAUGCCAAAAUCUUCCACAAUGUUAACUUUGGAGUUAUUGGCAAAAAUGAUACGCAAGAGGAUGCUCACAGAUAAAAGUAGAAAGAUGAGUGGAUUAAAAAAAGGCAAGAGAUAGACACUGAUGUGCCAAGAGACUUCUUCUUAAACAAAGAAAUUGCCUGGUCAACCAAGUUUAGAUUCGCUGCUAAUGUUAGCAGCCAUGCCUGGAAUGGAUUUGUUGAUGGAUGGUACUCCAAGAGCAAGAACAAGUUUGACUGCGAUGAUGAUUGCUUUGGUACCUGGAUUGAAGAGGACUUCAAUGAGAUCUAAGAUCUUGCUUAGAAAUCAUUCCACAUUACCAGCAUAUUAGACGUAACAUUUGAAGAAUUCUAAGAUGUCUUUGGUGAUAUCUUCGAGCUCCUCUUCAAAUAGGACGAAGUGUGUGGUUUCAGACGUGUGCUGAAGGAUACCGUGGCUUUCUGUUCUUAAAAAGGACAUUGUGACAUUGAUAAGACUCUUACUAACCUUGAAAAGCAUGCCUUUGAAAUUAUCACUAAGCUGAGUGGACUUAUGGACUUGGGCAGCAAAAUUAAGGACGUCAAAAAAUACGAUGAGAUCUUUGACUCAGCUGAUGAGAUCGGUGAGAGCUUUGGAGUUAUUCUUGCUAGUCUAAUCAACUUCUCAGUUUGA